AUGAAGCUCGUCUGGAUAGUCCAGCGCCUCGGCCGGCAAGGCCAACGACGAAAAAUAGUCCGGAUAGCUUCAUCGCUCUUUUUCAUAGUAGCCCUCACUGCCCUAUGUCUCUAUGUCCUGCUUGCAUAUUACCUGGCGAAUGAUCCGCGGCUGGUGCCCGUCGCGUUUCAGCACGCAAAGAGUAUCCUCUUCGUAACUGCCCACCCGGACGACGAGACGCUCUUCUUCAGUCCGAGCAUCACGUACCGACGCGAUGAUCCGCACGUGAAGCGGGCGUUGCUGGCGAUCUCCUCUGGAAAUUACGAGGGAAUCGGCGAGCGUCGCCGACAGGAAAUCCACGAUAGCUGCUCCGUGCUUGGCAUCAUCCCGGAUCGCUGCAUCGUACUGGACAAUGCCGAGCUGCAGGAUAAUCCCAAGAAAUGGUGGAAUGAGGAUCUGAUCAAGGACCUUGUUGCGUCGCAUGUCCAGAAAUGGAAUGUUGAUUUGAUCAUCACCUUCGACAAUGGAGGCGUCUCGGGCCAUAUCAACCAUAGAGCCGUCAGCGCCGGUGUCCGAAAAUACAUCGCAAGCACACCGCAAGCCCCGCCCGCAUACACCCUGCAAAGCACCUUCCUCCUCCGCAAAUACUCGUCGCUUGUCGAUCUCAUCCCGACCGCUAUCCCGUUCUCGUGGCGCAUUCUCAAAGCUAUCCUUACCUCUCCCGCAGCGAGCGCAGCAGACGGCGUCCAUGAUCUUUCUCCGCUCGAUGCAUACAAUGACAAAGUCCUGCUGGUGAGUCCCUGGCGGACGUACCUGGUCUCGCGAGCGGCAUUCAGCCAGCACGCGAGCCAGUACUCGUGGGAUCGGUCGCUUUACCUGGUGGUUAGUCGGUAUAUGUGGUUUAACAAUUUGAAUAAAAUGGUAGUUUGA